GAAGCACUAUGGUUUAAAAAUAACUGCCUAUACUAAUAUGCUGUAUAAGUUAAGCAAUACACAAUAAUAGCUACGGUUUUACACAAUGUCUAUCAUAAUUUUAGAAUUGCGUAAUGUCAAGUUCAAAACAUUUCAGUUAAGGUAGUUCACCUACCAUUAGCCUCGGCUUGUGUCAGCGGGUACGACGUCACUUCCUGUUAAGGUUUGCAGUGUUGCAGCUGCUCGCCAUGUUUGUGCAAACAAAAGGAACAAAUUCCACACCUUUUCUAGUUAAUUGAAAAGAUUCCUUUCCGUAAUGCAUGUCCUUGAUGCAUGCGACAACUAAAAUGGGAACGUUGUUUGGAAAAGUUCUGUAGUACCUGGCAGAGGUCGACACAAUGCCUUUCCCUACCAUUAACCAAUCACAAGGGGUGCCGCAGCCGACCAAGCACUAUGGGAUCACAUCACCCAUCAGUCUGGCACUGCCAAAGGAGGCUGAUCUAGCGCUCACUCAGAAACUGACAGAGGCCCUCCAGCCCUUCGGAGUGUUUGAGGAGGAACUGGAGCUUCAGCGCAGAAUCCUAGUCUUGGGGAAGCUGAACACUUUGGUGAAGGAGUGGAUACGAGAAAUCAGUGAAACAAAGAAUUUACCUGUUUCAUUGAUUGAAACGGUCGGAGGUAAAAUCUUCACCUUCGGCUCUUACAGAUUGGGAGUUCACACAAAAGGUGCUGAUAUUGAUGCCCUCUGCGUGGCGCCUCGGCACGUGGAGAGGACUGACUUCUUCUCCUCGUUUUAUGAGAAACUGAAGGAGCACGAGGAGGUGAAGGAUUUGCGGGCGGUGGAAGAGGCCUUUGUCCCUGUGAUAAAGCUUAGUUUCGACGGCAUAGAGAUCGACAUCCUGUUUGCUAGGUUAGCACUGCAAACCAUUCCAGAGAACCUGGACCUACGAGAUGACAGCUUGCUGAAGAACUUGGACAUUCGCUGCAUAAGGAGCCUCAAUGGUUGUAGAGUUACUGAUGAAAUUCUUCACCUGGUCCCCAACAUUGACAACUUCAGACUCACCCUCAGAGCCAUCAAACUGUGGGCGAAACGUCACAACAUCUACUCCAACAUCCUGGGAUUUCUUGGUGGAGUAUCCUGGGCCAUGCUGGUAGCCAGGACCUGUCAGCUGUAUCCCAAUGCUGUGGCUGCCACUCUGGUCCACAAGUUCUUCCUGGUCUUCUCAAAAUGGGAGUGGCCCAAUCCUGUUCUCUUGAAACAGCCAGAGGAUUGCAACCUUAAUCUGCCAGUCUGGGAUCCCAGGGUGACGCCCAGUGAUCGGUACCAUCUCAUGCCCAUCAUAACUCCGGCAUACCCCCAGCAGAACUCCACCUACAACGUCUCCAUCUCCACCCGGGCCGUCAUGGUGGACGAGUUCAAACAGGGUCUUGCCAUCACGGAUGAAAUUAUGCAGAAUAAAGCAGAAUGGUCCAAACUAUUUGAAGCACCAAACUUCUUUCAGAAAUACAAGCAUUAUAUUGUGUUGCUAGCAAGCGCGCCGACUGAGAAGCAGCACCUCGAGUGGGUGGGUCUGGUGGAGUCCAAGAUCAGGAUCCUGGUGGGAAACCUGGAGAAGAACGAGUUCAUCACUCUGGCACAUGUCAAUGCACACUCGUUCCCUGGACCUAAGGAAGGCAAUGACAAAGAGGAGUUCAGCACGAUGUGGGUUAUUGGGAUUGUCUUCAAGAAAAUGGAAGGGUCAGAGAACCUCAAUGUGGACCUUACAGUGGACAUCCAGUCAUUCACAGACACUGUGUACCGUCAGGCGAUCAGCAGCAAGAUGUUUGAGCAGGAGAUGAAGAUCACUGCCAAACACGUGAAGAGGAGGCAGCUGCAGAUGCUUCUGCCCGGUAAUGUCAUUCAGGCCAGGCCAAGCAGGAGGAAGCACUCAACAGAGGGCCCAAGGCCAAUGAAUGACAGCAGCCUGGACCUAUCCCUGGACAGUGACAACAGCUUGUCGGUGCCCUCUCCGCCCACUGUGCCUGCGACAGCCAAUAGAAACUGUCCUCUUGCUGUUUCAGCCGGCCCCUUAGGGGUCACGGGGCCUAUGACCACUGCCUCCGAUAAAAUGGACACCUCUGGAAGUGCGUCCCCCGACUCAGCUGCACCGUCGGCUCCCAAACCCACCCAGCCCCAUAAAGGCUCCAGCUCCGACAACAGCCCCCCUCCCAUGGGGCCGCCCGCGGUGAAGAAGGCCAUCUCCCCUCCACCAGAGGACAAAAAACCCCAAACAGAGGAGCCUGCCCAGGUGGCUACUUCCCCCAGCAGCAGCAGCCCCCCUCCCUCUGGGGUCCCAGCUGUGAAGCGCCCAGGGUCCCCUCUGCCCGAGGACCAGAGCAAGAAACCCAAAGUGGAGGAGGGAUCUACGGGGGUUGAAGAAGAAAUGGCCUCACAAGGCGAUGAAGCUAUGGAGACCGACAUCAAGGAGCUUGACCCUGAGCAGAAGGUGCCAUCAAGUCAGUGUGUUCCCACCACAGACCUCUCUGACGUGCCUCUGCCCCCCGCCAAUCCCAUUCCAGUGUUGAAGAACUCCAUCAAGCUGCGCCUCAGCAGGUAGGGGCCAGAGCAGAGCUUAGGCGGGGGCAAGUCCCGCUCGCCUCACCUCGCCUCGACAACCCAACCCAUCUCACUUCCCUUAGCUGGCAGGUAGAGGGUGGGGUUGGGUGGGGUGUGGCAGAAGAGGCCUGACCGGACUCCCGCUCCCACGUACCCCACCCCAACUGAGUCCACCCAUGUCUUGAGUGCGACCCGGAGCCCCCAGCCUUCAUCUCAGGAUGCAGUCUAGCACCGGGAGGAGAUGAUGCAGGCGCCUCACUGCCACACCCGGUUCUGUCCACUAGGGGGCAGAGUUGCCCCUUCGAAGAAGUCCCUGAAAACCUCAGCCAACGGCCCUCCUCGACUCACACUCCUGUCAAGAACAGACUCAUGCACAAAUACUCUGUAUUGCCCUCACAUGUAAUUAUGUGGAGACUGUAAGUGUGUGUACGGGAGUGGGGUAGGGAUGAUGUAUGUAUGUAUGUAUGUGUGUGUGUGUGUGUGUGUGUGUGUAUGUUUGCCUGCUUCAAAGUACUAUGAGAGAAAGUGUAUGCAUAUACACAGAUGCCUAUUUUUUGCCUCUUGUGUAUUUGUCUGUUGACGACACAGACAGUUGCUGUUUAAAAACAAACAAACAAACAAAUGAUGUAGUGCUCAGGUCUUAUGGUGAAUUACAGUGUGGCAUGUUUGCAUAUCCACAUAUCCAAGGUCAGUUCAGUUAACCUUGACUUGGCAUCUGACAAGCAUCGUGUGACGAGUCUCAAGGUGCAUGUGUCGUCCAUCAGUGUCGAGUGUGUCCCAAACUCUAAUUAAGGGUGUUGCUCGAGCAGAUGACUGUUGUAAAUGCGCCUGCAAGUUAUACUGUUGCAGGUUUGAGCGAAUCAUUUGACCAAUCUUCUCUUUUCCUCUGUGUGAGGAAGAGUCCACAUAUUCCAGCUUCUUUUUCUUCUUUAUGAAAGCUCCUGCCUGGUUCUAGAGACGUUUGGAGGAGCUACUGCUUUGGUUCAGUUCGUGAGCAGCAGUCACUGGCCAUUUUAAAGUACAUUUUUGCGUUUCUUAGUGCUCUCUGUGUGUGUGUGUGUGUGUGUGUGUGUGUGUGUGUGUGGCUUGUACAGAACCAUUAUAAAACACAAAAAUAAAACCUUAAGCUGUUUGAGUUGAGCAUACAGAGUUAAGCGCUUGCUUGGAUAGUUUCUUUUGAACGUGGUGUCAGUGGAUGCAGUUAAAAAUAAAAGUAAUCUCUAUCAUUAUGAAUGUUUAGUGCUGAUGACCAAUUGAUUUCUUUUUCCCCUUUCUUUCUCUUUGUCUUUUUUUUUUUUUUUUCGAGUGCUCCAAAAGACGGAAUGAGUUUGCAAUUACGUUUUUGACCUGAAGAAUAGUUACAGAGACAAGGGCUUCUGUUUGUACGUUUCUUGAAAGUUGAGAAAAUAUCACACAUUUCUUGUCAAAUAUCACGUGUUACUUUUAUUUUCUGUGUCUCUGUCUCUGCGUAAACAGAAGUUGCUUUGUCUUAAUUGUUUGUUUUGACGGUGUGAGAAAGGGAAAGGGUGCGGCUGCCGGAGAUGCCCUAAUGUUCCCUACUGGAAAAAAAAAAAUAUCACGACUGCUCACACACCUUUUCUGGGUCUUACAGUACCCACUCCAUUCUCAACUUUCUUAGCUGUCUUUGUAAAAGUAAGGAUACUGUAAUUUUUUUCCACAAAUAAAGGUGUAUGUUGCAUAAA